GCUUUACCUGCGCUGCUCCCGUUGCCUAGCAACCUGCUGGGCUUAAAUAGCCUUAAAACCCGAAAAACGUAUAAAGUACAGGGCAGAAGGUGGCGGUAAUGCACCAAUAAGACGGCUGUCAUUAAUCCAAAAGAAGAAGAGGAGAAGGAAGAGGAGGAAGAAGAAAACGUAGCAGGUUGUUGUGAAGGUGUGGACUCUGCUAUGAAUCAGGCGGAGGACCCAGAGGACGGAGUCCCUCCCUCUGAGGCCCCUCUGUGUGGGGAACAUGACAGACAGACCAAAGCUCAGAGGACCCAUCAGGAACCAGGACCUGUUCCUGGAGCUGGACCUGGACCCAGCUGUGUGUCCAUGAAGAGUAACCGGUCUAUGAAUCUUUCUAUAAAAUUCAAAGAUGUCCGUCCCUCUGCUGAUGCAAGAUCACAUCAGCAGAGAGGAAAGUCUCCUGAACCAAGCUGUGUGUCCAUGAAGAGUGAUCACUCUAUUGAUCAUCUGAUUGACUUCAAAGAUGAUCACUCUAUUGGUCGAUAUAUGGACUUCAAAGAUGGACGCUGUUCUUAUGACCCAGAAGCGGACCAGGAGAUCUCAGAGGUUCCCACAGGUCAGUCAGCCCAGCAGCAUCAAACACACCUGGACUCCAUCUUCAUGCUGCUGGAGGAGAAAAUCCUCACUUUUGUGAAGAACGAGCUGAAGAAGAUCCAGAAGGUUCUGAGUUCAGAUUACCCAGAAUGCUUAGAGAAUGAGGAGGAGAAGGAGGUGCUGGAUGAAGAGCAGAGGAGGAGCAGAGAGGCAUUUACGAAGAUCUCAUUGUACUUCCUGAGGAGAAUAAAGCAGGAGGAGCUGGCUGACCGCCUGCAGAGCAGACUUUGUCACCGUGAACUCAAAUCCAACCUGAAGAAGAAGUUCCAGUGUGUGUUUGAGGGCAUCGCUAAAGCAGGAGACCCAACCCUUCUGAAUGAGAUCUACACAGAGCUCUACAUCACAGAGGGGGGGACUGCAGAGGUCAAUAAAGAACAUGAGGUCAGACAGAUUGAAACAGCAUCCAGGAGAGCAGCCAGACCAGAAACAACCAUCAGACCAGAAGACCUCCUCAAAGCCUCAUCUGGAGGAGAGGAACCAAUCAGAACAGUGAUGACUAAGGGAGUGGCUGGCAUUGGGAAAACAGUCUUAACACAGAAGGUCAGUCUGGACUGGGCUGAAGACAAACACAACCAUGACAUACAGUUCAUGUUUCCAUUCACCUUCAGAGAGCUGAAUGUGCUGAAGAAGAAGUACAGCUUGGUGGGACUUGUUCAUCACUUCUUCAGUGAAACCAGAGCAGCAGGAAUCUGCAGGUUUGAAGAGUUCCAGGUUGUGUUCAUCUUUGACGGUCUGGAUGAGUGUCGACUUCCUCUGAACUUCCUCAACAAUGAGAUCCUGACUGAUGUCACAGAGUUGGCCUCAGUGGAUGUGCUCCUCACAAACCUCAUCAGGGGGAAGCUGCUUCCCUCUGCUCGCAUCUGGAUAACCACACGACCUGCAGCAGCCAAUCAGAUCCCUCCUGAGUGUGUUGGCAUGGUGACAGAGGUCAGAGGGUUCGCUGACCCCCAGAAGGAGGAGUACUUCAUGAAGAGGUUCACAGAUGAGGAGCAGGCCAGCAGGAUCAUCUCUCACAUCAAGACCUCACGAAGCCUCCACAUCAUGUGCCACAUCCCAGUCUUCUGCUGGAUCACUGCUACAGUUCUGGAGGAGGAGUUGAAGACCAGAGAGGGAGGAGAGCUGCCCAAGACUCUGACUGAGAUGUACAUCCACUUCCUGGUGGUUCAGGCCAAAGUGAAGAAGGUCAAGUACGAUGGAGGAGCUGAGACGGAUGCACACUGGAGUCCAGAGAGCAAGAAGAUGAUCGAGUCUCUGGGAAAACUGGCCUUUGAUCAUCUGCAGAAAGGCAACCUGAUCUUCUAUGAAUCCGACCUGACAGAGUGUGGCAUCGAUAUCAGAGCAGCCUCAAUGUACUCAGGAGUGUUCACUGAGAUCUUUAGAGAGGAGAGAGGACUGUACCAGGAUAAGGUGUUCUGCUUCGUCCAUCUGAGUGUUCAGGAGUUUCUGGCUGCUCUUUAUGUCCAUCUGAUCUUCUUCAGCACUGGUGUCAAUCUGCUGUCAAAAGAACAAACAACCUCCUUGGAGUCCAAACGCUUUAAAUACACUCCUGAACCAAUGAGUCUCUACCAGAAAGCUGUGGUCAGGGCCUUAGAGAGUCCUAAUGGACACCUGGACUUGUUCCUCCGCUUCCUCCUGGGUCUUUCCCUGGAGACCAAUCAGACUCUCCUACGAGGUCUGCUGACACAGACAGGAUGUAGCUCACGGACCAAUCAGAGAACAGUCCAGUACAUCCAUGAGAAACUCGAUGAGAAGGUGUCUCCAGAGAAAAGCAUCAAUCUGUUCCACUGUCUGUAUGAACUUAAUGAUGAUUCUUUAGUGGAGGAGAUCCAACAGUCCCUUAGAUCAGGACGUCUCUCCACAGAAGAACGGUCUUCUGGUGACUUGUUAGCUCUCCUCUUCAUCUUACUGUCAUCAUCAGAACAUCUGGAGGUGUUUGACCUGAAGAAAUACUCUGCUUCAAAGGAGGCUCUUCUUAUGCUGCUGCCAGUGAUCAAAGCCUCCAACAAAGUUCUGCUAUCAGGCUGUCAGAUCACAGAAGAAGGCUGUGCUUCUCUAGCCUCAGCUCUGACCUCUGACCCCUCCCAUCUGAGAGAGCUGGACCUGAGCUCCAAUCAUCCAGGAGACUCAGGAGUGAAGCUGCUGUCUGCUGGACUAGAGAGUCCUCACUGCAGACUGGAGACGCUCAGACUGUCAGGCUGUCAGAUCACAGAGGAAGGCUGUGCUUCUCUGGCCUCAGCUCUGACCUCCAACCCUUCCCAUCUGAGAGUGCUGGACCUGAGCUCCAAUCAUCUAGGAGACUCAGGAGUGAAGCUGCUGUCUGCUGGACUAGAGAGUCCUCACUGCAGACUGGAGACGCUCAGACUUAGUGGCUGUAACUUCACAGAGGGAAGCUGUGGAGCUCUGUCAUCAGUCCUCAGCUCCCAGUCCUCUUUUCUAAAAGAGCUGGAUCUGAGUAACAACGACCUGCAGGAUUCAGGAGUGAAGCUGCUGUCUAGUGGACUAGAAAGUCCACACUGUGGACUGAAGAUUCUCAGGCUGUCAGGCUGUCUGAUCACAGAGGAAGGCUGUGCUUCCCUAGCUCUGUGCUCCACCACCUCUCAUCUCAGAGAGCUGGACCUGAGCUACAAUGAUCCAGGAGACCCAGGAGUGAAACUUCUGUCUACUGGACUGGAGGCUCUCAGGGUGGAGCCUGCUGGAGUCCGAUGGUUGACACCAGGUCUGAGGAAGUAUUCCUGUGAACUCACAAUCGACACAAACACAGUAAACAGAAGACUCACACUGUCUGACAACAACAGGAAGGUGACACAUGUGGUGGAGGUUCAGUCAUAUCCUGAUCAUCCAGACAGAUUUGACUCUUAUCAUCAGCUGCUGUGUAGAACUGGUCUGACUGGUCGUUGUUACUGGGAGGUCGAGUGGAGAGGAAACGUUGUUGUAUCAGUGAGUUACAGAGGAAUCAAGAGGAAAGGAGACAGUACAGACUGUUUGUUUGGAGAAAAUGAUCAGUCCUGGAGUCUGAUGUGCUCUUAUGGAAGAUACUCUGUCCGUCACAAUAAGACAGUAACAUACAUCUCCUCCUCCUCCUCCUCCUCUGGUAGAGUAGCAGUGUAUGUGGACUGUCCUGCUGGCUCUCUGUCCUUCUUCAGAGUCUCCUCUGACACACUGAUCCACCUCCACACCUUCAGCACCACAUUCACUGAACCUCUUUAUCCUGGCUUUGGGCUCUGGUCUGGUUCCUCAGUGUCUCUGCGUCCUCUGCAGGAGGGAGAGACUCCUCCUAGUGGAGAACCUUCCUCUCUGCUCAUCACAUAAUAACUAAUA